AUGGACCAAUACCAUUGGUUACGUACUUCAUCUAAAUUAAUAGAUGUAGAAUGGAUUAAAUCUGCAGUUCAAGAGAUCAACUCGGGAAAAUCCAUGAGGCAAAUUGUUAAAAAAGCGCGAUUAACAAAUGUAACAUUUAAAGAAAUAUCGCAAACAAUGUUUAAAAAGCUCGUAAGACAAAAUAAUUUACAAUUAAAUACAAAACCCGGUAGAAAAACAAAGGAAAUUGAUUUGAAUACUUGUCAAGCAUUCGCAAAUUUAAAAGAUAUGAUGCCAAAUGCAGGCAUCAACAAAAUAAUCGAAAAAAUGAAAACAGAUAUUAACAACAUUGAAAAGCAUCCUCAAGAAUUCAAAGAAAUGCGACUUGAAAUUCAAAAAAACGGAAAAGUUGAUUUUCAAAAAGGAAAUUGGCUAGAUCAAAUUAAUAGAACAACAUUUGUUGAUGUUGUUUCAGAAGUUUCUGGUCAGCCAAUUGAAAUAAAUCCGAUUUUUGAAUCAAUUCAAACUGCAUCAUACAUUGAAGAACCUUUUAAAAGCCCAUCUUACAGAAUGGGUCGAAAAAUUCAUGAAGCUAUUAUUGACGAUAGCAUUGAAAUUGAAGAAGAACCAUAA